AUGAAUAUCGUCGUAUUGAAAGCUCUUCUUCUCGGUGUAAUGGCCGCUACGACCGUUCUGUUUGGCGUUAUUCCAUUAAAGGUAAUAGUCUUCCAAAUUCUUUCUAGAAAAUCCGGAAAAUUCGAACAACGAGCAUCCUUCACCAUUUCUUUACUGUCAUGUUUUGCUGGUGGUGUUUUUCUGGCAGUGUGCUUUCUCGAUAUCCUGCCAGAAGCCUACGAAUCGUACGAAAGCUGGAAAACUGCAGCCAAGUACAAGAGUGAAUACCCUUUUGUCCCAUUGAUGUUCACAAUUGGAUUCUUCCUAGUGCGAUUACUCGAGGAAAUCGUGGACAGAUUUUGUGGUCAUGAAGAGUAUGCGUGGGUGAUUUUUACUCACCUCAAUAUGGACGAUACAACAGUAUCAGUGGCGUCGCUGUUCUUUGGAAUCAUCGUACAUAAAGCUGUGGUGUCAUUCUCUGUUGGAAUGCGUCUUGCUGAAGCACAUACACAUCGUCGAUGGCUAGUUGUCGCGCUCAUCUGCGCUUUCGCCAUCGUUGCCCCUAUCGGAGGCGCAGUGGGAAUUGUCCUUCAGGUACGCGAAGUUAUUCUCAAAAAUCGAUAUACAUUUACAACAUAUAAGUAUAUUACCCACUUCUGUUGCUGGUAG